AACUGCAGAAGUGGCGUGGCUCUGUGCUCUGUGCUCUGUGCUGUGUGCUCUGUGCUCUCUCGCUUUCUCAGUUCACUUUUUCCAGACUGCUUUCACUCAUCCAUCCUCCUCCAUCAGACACGAGUCCUACUGUGAAUGAAACCUGGACAUUCCAGAUUUCAUCCAAAUGGUCAGAGAAGUGUGAAGAUUCAGAUCCUGCGGGGAAACCAUGCUCCCGAUGGCCCUUCAUCAGAUUGGCAUGUGCCUGGUGCUUUGCCUCAGCAGCAGUUUGGCUACACCUCAGUCUCUUUACAGUUCCCUAGAGGGAAGUGCAGAUGAGGAAGACCUCAGUAGCUCUGCUUCCUCCAUGCCCACCACCUCCCUUUUCUACGAGUACCACACCACACCUGUCGGCCACACCCUCGUGGAAACGGACUUCUUGAGCCAGGUUGUGAACUUUCUGGAGGAGAACAUGCUCCUCAUCCUCGUCACAACCUCUUUCACCCUCCUUGUCUUCCUCGCCAUCUGUGGAGCCAUAUUCAUGAGCCGCAGGAGAAAGGUCAAUGCCUACUACCCUUCCUCCUUCCCUACAAAGAUGUAUGUGGACCACAGGGACAAAACUGGAGGAGCUAAGCCCUUUCAUGAAGUGCCAGAAAAACCAUCUCCUAAGCAGGAAAGUGAGCCAGUGGACUCUCACAAGCAGCUCCAAGCAGACAUCAUGAGGGCUGCCAAGAGCCUGCGCACGCCAAACAAAUCUGCUGAUGCCGCAGAAGGAAGUGAAAACAGUCAGAAAGUAGCAGACCGCAGUCCUGAAGACAGCCUUAAACCACAUGGCAACAUCCUGGAUCAACAGCUACCACGUUUCCCCGAGGAGAAGGCGCCUUGUGAACUCUCCGACAACGAAGCACCCACAGCAGGAGGCGGCACAGAGCAGAUUCCUCCAGAGCAGCCUCGACCAGAGGAAGAUGAUUCAGAGCAGCCUCAACCAGACAAAGAUGAUUCCCAGGCACCUUUGAUUGGCAGGAGUCUCCGGCCCUCCUCUCUGCACAUUCACAAUGAUUCUGCUACACUUCAGCUGAUCGAAGGAGAGAAAACUGCUUUCUAACUCCUCAAAAGUACUGUGAACAGACUACUGCUUUGAAUCCACGUGUGGCAAUUUGUAAAAUAAACCUCAAAUGUAUCUGCAGAUUUACAGAGAA